AUGGCUUAUGGUAACUAGAUGCUGCCACUGAUAUUAAGAGCUCCCGAUCACUGCAAUGCUUUAGUUCGCAGAUUACAUCAGUGCCGGCAAAUGGGCGAACUUCUGGAUUGCUGUAUCCGCGUGGAUACUAAUGGUUUGCAAGAGGUCAAUUUAAAUUUAAAAUCCAACGAUGAAGUGAAUUGUUUAGAAGCUCUGAUCAAUUUCAUGUACACUGGAACACUUGAAACAACCAACUGUGAACCGCAUAUUCUUGAUUCAUCGCCGUGGUUACAAAGUUUUAUCGACGAAGCAACAGUAACUUGCACCACUAAAGAGAUGGAGUUGCAGCGUAAACCGAUGAUAUUUACUACAAGUAAUGAUAUAGGAGAGCACAAAAAUGAAGUGAUUGUACCCAGCAGUGACCGUGAAGGCUGGUGUCGGAAUAAGAAAUAUAUCGAGCGGGUUCCAUCUGGAUACAUGUGUACCGUAUGCCAAAAAGUAUACGGUCGCUAUAACUCAGUAUCUUAUCAUGUAACGAUUUAUCACCGUAAUCCACCAAUACGAUGCGAUGAAGAAGGUUGCAAGUUUAGUACCCGUGAAGCGCGUUACAUCCAUUUCCAUAAAUUCUAUCGACAUCGCGUACCACUGCCUGAAAAUAUUGAUUUAGGUUCCCGUAAAUGUGUCCUAUGUAGGCACAUAUCGAAAAGCCCGGCUAUGUUGGAGAAGCACAUAAACCGCCAUCUGCAGUACUGUACCAAAACUGGCCAAGACUAUCAAUGUCCACAGUGCGAGAAGCAAGCAAGUUCGCAGCAGGAAAUGUUGGAUCAUAUGGUAACACAUGUGGAACAAGAAGAGCCAGGCUUCCAAUGCGAGCAUUGCAGAUACCGAGGACAAACAGAACGAUCACUCCGACAACACGUACUCUUCAAACAUACUUCCGACAUGUUCUCCAGAAAAUUCACAUGCAGCCAAUGUGCUUAUGCCUCCACCGAUUCUAUCAGUCUCGUCGCGCACUAUGAAAAGAUGCACGGAGCAGCAACGGCAAAACAGCCACUCGAAAUUUCUAGAAUUUAG